GCGACCUCCGGGAAGUAGGAGGACCCUCUUCCCAGAGAAGGAGGACGAGCGUUUGGGCUACGGCCUUUGGAAGGGCUCUUUGAUGGCACCCCACCAGAAACUCGGGAUGCGCGGCGCGUUUUUGCUUCUCCUGUUCCUGCCCGUGCAGCAGCGGGGGGAGGUGAUGAUGCAGACACUCGAAGUAUGAUCCGGUGUAAAGACUACCAGUAGUACCCAAGAACACCAGCCACUGAUUCGUGCCGCGGUUUUCGUGGUAGCUGAAAAUGCUGACCUCGAGGAGCACCAUUGCUCUGUGGUGGAUGUAAAAGAUCUGUCAUGUUGCACGACUGCAUCAAAGUCAAAGCUUUUUUCGUACAUGAAGGCAAAUUUUAAGUUUUGGAUUUGGUAAAAAUAAGAUCUAAUAAUGCGUAGCGAACACCGGCCCCGAACAGGUAGAGGACUAAGUAGUGGAUCAUGGGUCGUAUGUGGUUUUAUUUACACCGGAUAGCCCGCCCUGCGCGCGAUGGGUAGUUUUCUCGCCCUCUCCACCGUGGUGGGCAUCAGUUCGCAGACCAGUGAUGCGCAGCAAGCCCCUAGUACGCAGCAG